AUACUUUUUCUGCGCGAAAGUAUAAGCAGAAAUAUAUUAUUUGUAGAUAUAGAAGCCACGAAAGUUAGUUUUGGCGUAACAAAGUAGAGAACCCCAGAAAGAAUCACUGUUUCUCUCAAGAUAUAUCUUUGCCCUUUCUCGAUUCUCUCUUCCACGGAGUCUUUGGUACUGGUCAUUGCAGAUUAAGAACAAAGGUAUCAAAAUUCAGUCCUCCUAAACUAGGGUUUUCUAUUACGAACUCCUUAUUCCUAAGAGUUUUACUUUCAAUUCUUGUUUCUAUUAUGAUUUUUAAUCACUGAUUAUGAUCACUGCAUCUCUUUUGUAAAAUCAAAUUCAUUUCAAAAAAAAAUUUCUUCCAGGAAAUAUGGUGACACUGCUGUAGGCUGCUUCUAUACUUUAAUUUGGAAGUUGUUUGAUUGUUUGAGUUCUGUUUGUGUUUUAUCUUGUCAUCAUGAACUUUGGAUUUCUUAACAACGUACCAGGAGUUGGAUUCUUAUCAAAUAUUGAUUUAGUAUCUACAACUAAAUCAAUUAGAGACAUUACUGAACCAUCUACACAAAGGGUUAUCUCUAAUAUCAAUAUUUGGGGUUUAUCUCUUCUAUCAUUCAGUCCAUGGGUUUAUAAUUCAAGGGACAAAUUCCAAUUCCCAACUACUGUAAACAAAAAAUUGAAACGAGAGAGAAGUGCUUAUGUAGUCAAAGAGCCUUCUAGUGGUUGUUCUGUUCCUCUUUUUAGACCUUAUGUUGCUAAAGUUCCUUACCAUAGAGGUGCUAGGGCAUUUCUUUCUCAGCUUUUCCCACGAUAUGGGCACUAUUGUGGGCCAAAUUGGUCGAGUGGGAAAUCUGAUGGAUCACUUCUAUGGGAUCAGCGGCCAAUUGACUGGUUGGAUUUGUGCUGUUAUUGCCAUGAUAUCGGUUACGAUACUCAUGAUCAAGCUACGCUGUUAAAAGCUGAUCUUGCUUUUCUUGAGUGCUUAGAGAAACCUGGAAUGCGUACCGAAGGAGACAAACAUGUUGCCCGACUAUAUAGAACCAUGUGCAUAACAGGUUUGAGGAAUAUACUUAUACCUUACAGAAGGAACAUUAUUAGGUUACAAGAAGGGCCCUCCAUUGUGGAAUGGCUUAAUGAUCUGAGUAGAAGAUUCAACGGUCACAGAAACUUGAAUUCGUAAAGUUUUUGAGGUUUGGUCAUGAUUAGGAACAUGAAUAUAGUAGACUAGAGGAAUUUGGAGUUGGCGAUCCUCAUUUCAUUAGUGUUGAAUAUCACUGUGAAUAAGUUUGAAAGCUAGUAACAUGUAUGGAAAUUCAAUUGUUUUUAGUAAUUCACUUCUCGUUAGUUGCACAUAAUGUUUAGAUGUUAUUUUGGCAAUUAUAGUUGUUUUCUUUUGUGUA